AUGAGAAGGAGAAGAAAGGUAGGAGGGAAGUGAGGCCGAACGGUAUCGAUCAUAAAGGUCGAACGUUAGAAGGCAGGGAGCACAUGUUAGGGGCUGGAAAGUGUACAAGAGAAGAAGGUGUAGGAGGGAGAGAGAGGGGGACCGAACGGUAGAAGAUGGGGAGCUAUGUGACCGAACGGUAGAGGGAGGACGACCAGACCGAACGGUCGGGAACAGGGAGGUAGUUGGACGAGCGAUAGAGGAGGGUGGACGACCAGACCGAACGGUCGUGAGCAGGGAGGUUGUUGGACGAGCGGUAGACGAGGGAGGACGACCAGACCGAACGGUCGGGAACAGGGAGGUAGUUGGACGAGCGAGAGGAGGGUGGACGACCAGACCGAACGGUCGCGAGCACGGAGGUAGUUGGACGAGCGGUAGACGAGGGAGGACGACCAGCUCCAGAAUUGCUUCCCUCUGUUCUUAGCAGUUCUAGCUGUUCUUACCACUGUUUUCUCUCCACACAGGCAAAGGGGUGAUACACCAUCAAUCGUAGAUACUCCACCACCACGAAAAACGAAAUCAGAGUUUUGAUUCCGCCACCCAUUGCAUGUCGAAGAUGAACAAGAAUGGGACUUCUGCACUUCAUUAUCCAUCACUUCGAAUCGAAGAAAGAACGCGCACCCUCCCACUUCCAACUACAUAAUCUUCAUCCACGAACACUGGCGCUUCGAAUCAAAGAAAGAAUGGGAUUUUUUCCCUCACGCGAACCCUACUAGUAAGAACCCCCAAUUUGUUUCCCCAAUCUCAGUUGCAUUUCUCAAUUAAAGGGGUUGCCAUGAGCAAGGCUGGGCAAUGUCUGAAAUCGGUUCUCUUGGAUUUGAUUCACAAGAGCAAUGGCUUGAGAUCCUUCAAGCAAAUUCAUGCGCAUCUAUUGACUUCUGCCCUUGUUGCCAAUGACUUGGUUAUUUCUAAAGCUGCAAUUUUUUUGGGAAAACAUGUUACAGAUGUUCAUUACCCUUGCAAUUUCCUGAAGCAAUUUGAUUGGAACUUGAGCUCUUUCCCUUGCAAUUUGCUGAUUUCUGGCUAUGCCUCUGGACACUUACCCUGGCUUGCAAUCCUGAUUUAUAGAUGGACUGUUAGGAAUGGUUUUGUGCCUGAUGUGUACACUAUCCCAGCAGUUUUGAAAUCUUGUGCUAAGUUUUAUGGGAUUGUAGAGAUUAAACAGUUUCAUUCCGUAGCUUUGAAGACUGGCUUGUGGUGCGACAUUUAUGUGCAAAACACUCUUGUCCAUGUGUAUUGCAUUUCUGGGGACACUGUUGGUGCUGGCAAGGUGUUUGAUGACAUGCUUGUGAGAGACGUGGUCUCUUGGACUGGCUUGAUAUCUGGGUAUGUCAAGGCUGGGUUGUUUAAUGAGGCCAUCGCAUUGUUUUUGAGAAUGGAUGUGGAACCUAAUGUAGCAACCUUUGUCAGCAUACUUGGGGCUUGUGGGAAAUUGGGUUGUUUAAAUUUGGGGAAAGGAAUUCAUGGGUUGGGUCUCAAAUGUCUGUUCGGGAAGGAGUUGGUGGUAUGCAAUGCUGUGUUGGAUAUGUAUAUGAAGUGUGAGUCUGUCACUGAUGGAAGGCAAAUGUUUGAUGAGAUACCUGAGAAAGAUAUUAUUUCUUGGACUAGUAUGAUAAGCGGGUUAGUGCAGUGCCAGUAUCCCAGUGAAUCGCUGGACUUGUUCUGCCAAAUGCAAGGCUCAGGUUUUGAGCCGGAUGGAGUUAUACUUACUAGUGUGCUUUCUGCUUGUGCCAGCCUUGGGCUUCUUGACUACGGUAGAUGGGUCCAUCAGUACAUUGAUCAAUGCCGUAUCAAGUGGGAUGUUCAUAUAGGAACUACAUUGGUUGACAUGUAUGCAAAGUGUGGUUGUGUAGACAUGGCGCAGCGUAUCUUCAGUGGAAUGCCUUCUAGGAAUAUCCGUACUUGGAAUGCCUAUAUAGGUGGCCUAGCAAUAAAUGGACUUGGGAGGGAAGCAUUGAAGCUAUUUAAAGAUUUGAUAGUGUCAGGUGCAAAGCCUAAUGAAGUGACAUUUCUUGCUGUUUUAACAGCUUGCUGCCAUUCUGGCUUGGUCAGCGAAGGCCGAAAGUAUUUCAAUGAGAUGUCAAGUCCCCUCUACAACCUUUCUCCUUGGUUAGAACACUACGGCUGCAUGGUUGAUUUAUUCUGCAGAGCUGGACUGGUGAAGGAAGCUGUGGAGUUGAUAAAGACAAUGCCCAUGUCCCCUGAUGUGCAGAUCAUCGGAGCGCUUUUGAGUGCCUGUAAUACAUAUGGGAAUGUUGGAUUCACCCAAGAAAUCUUGAAAUCACUGCAGAAUUUUGAAUUUCAAGAUAGUGGCAUAUACGUGCUUCUUUCUAAUCUGUAUGCCUCUAACCAGAAAUGGGCUGACGUGAGAAAUGUUAGGAGACUGAUGAAGCAAAAAGGAAUAAGCAAGGCUCCUGGGUCUAGCAUUAUAAGAGUGGAUGGUAAGAGUCAUGAAUUUUUAGUUGGAGACAGUAAUCAUCCUCAAAGUGAGGAUAUUUACGUACUAUUGGACAUCCUUGCCAAUCAAAUAUACUCUGAGGGGCAUAUUAAUACCCUCUGCUAAUCAGACAACUCUGCAGUCAACUAGGCCAGGUGGAAGUUGCUAUUUUAGCACUGUGCAAAGCUAUAAGGCUUAUUAUAUGUCCUGAGGGUUAUACUGAAGAAAGUUCUUCUAGGUUCUUGACAUUUCUGUCUAAUGAAGUUCAUUUUGAAGCAGUUGAAAGGCUCUUAUCUUCAAAAAAUUUCAUUCAUGCCAUUUAUAAAGCUGUUGAAUCUAUUCCAGAAGGGCAGGUGUGUGGGUGUAUUAGACAGAUAAGAGAUGAUAUUUCAGAAUCUCUCAUGUGGAUGAAAGAUUUUUGUCCAUUGGUUGAUGGCAAGAAAUUACAAUUUUUUAAUCUGCAAGUGGAACUGUUUGGUAAAGGGCUGUCCAGACUAUAUUGUUUAGUGCUUGGUUAGGUGACAGUCACUGAUGGUAACCGCAAUCUUUUUGGAGUUUCCGUAAAAGAACUUAUGGAAUUAAUGCGUCCCUACUUGAGUAUUCUAGUUGGAAAGCAGCAAGAUAAAAUCUGCAAGUUCUUUUCUUCUGUCAUAGGUCAAACUGUUGAUCGAGUGGUUAGAAAGGGAAACUUUUUAAAGAAAUUUGGUAUGUCCAUCCAAUGGGUUCUUGUGUUCUUCUUUCAGUUGCAUGUGUCUUGCCAAACCUUAUAUAGGCAAGCAAGCCUUAUGCCUCCUGAUUUGCCAAAAAAGUCUGCAGAGGUGGUAGAUUAUACAGCAUAUUCUGCUUGUGAGUUGAUGGACAUGAUUGAUGAGAUAGACUUCGACUUUUUUUCUUGGAUUGUUCAACCCUCAGGUUCCCUCCUUGAUGUUAUGAAAUUUAUUUCUGACAUAUAUCUUAAACAUGGCCCAGAUGAUUCUUCCCCUUUGAUCUAUAUCUUUCAAUCUAUGGCUCUUCGAAGGCUUGUUGACUUGAAUAAACAGAUUAUAUUGUUCAAGUAUAUGCAAAAGAAGCAUUAUUUGCAGAAGCCUUAUAGAUCCCAAAUCAACACACUGAAGGAAGAAGCGGCUGGACUUACUAAUUUUAUUAUGGAAAAUUUAUCAUGUGUGUUUCAAUCCCCAAUCUUUGUUUCUGAAUUUGCAACUUGUGAAGAUGUAGUUUCUGUGGCCACUCAAAGCAACGAAUGUGAUCUAGGAGUUUAUUUUGCUGACAGAAAGUCAUUGCAAACACUCAUUUGGUCUAAUCUUUACAAAAGUGUUGAUGUUUGGAGCAACCAUGCUUCAAAGAAGAAAAUGAAAAAGUUCUUCUCA